AUGCUACUACCUCUCAGUUUCCAACAAAUAAACCAUGGUAAACUUUUAACCAUGGUUAGUUAACACAAAACUAUAGUUCCUUCGUUCGUUUGUUUUACACUUUUGCAGUUACAACUUAGAACUUCGGAGUUAGAAAGCGCAAACGGCGUUGUUCUCUCUCUCUACAACUUCACAAAGUUGUUUCAGCUUUUUUCGACACAAGAAAUAAUAAACAUUUUUUUUUAUUAUUUAUUCUUCCAUCUUGGAGUUCUGGAACAUGUUUCAUAUUUUUACUCGAACUAUAUCAGUUUACUUAUAAUAAUGUUUGUUUUACCAUUGUUGUUGCUUCAAUCAUGGUCUCUUGUUUCAAUUUUGUUGCCUCAUGAAUCUAAUUUUAGGUUUCACAGUUUCUGAAUUUUCUUAGAGGGAAUUUUCACAACCCAAAGUAUUGAAAUUUUCUAGAUCUGAGAUUGAUGGUGUUGUGAACGUGAAGUGAUUAAUUUGAGCUUCUAGUUUUGGUUACUUUUGUUGAAAGUUGAGAUUUUUAUGUGUUUUGGAUUCUGGGUUUGGCUAAUUUUGUUGAAAGUUGAUAUUUUUAUUGUCGGUUUUUUUUGGAGAUGAAGAUUGAAGUGGGUUUAGGAGUAGGUGGGUUAUGGAACGAAGAAGAAAAAGCUAUGGUGGUUGAAGUUUUAGGGGUUAAUGCAUUAAAUUACUUGAUUUCAAAUUCAGUUUCUAAUGAGAAUCUUUUGAUGGCUAUUGGUAGUGGUGAGAAUCUUCAAAACAAGCUUUCUGAUCUAGUUGAAAGACCGAACGUUUUGAAUUUCAGUUGGAAUUAUGCAAUUUUUUGGCAAAUUUCUCAGUCAAAAUUUGGUGAUUGGGUUUUAGGUUGGGGUGAUGGGUGUUGUAGAGAACCAAAAGAACAAGAACAAGAGAAACAAGAAGAAGACUUAAGAAUGAAAGGUGUUUAUGUUGAGGAUGAAAAGAAACAAAGAAUGAGGAAAAGGGUUUUGCAGAAGCUUCAUACAACAUUUGGUGGUUCAGAUGAAGACAAUUAUGCAUUUGGAUUGGACCGUGUUACAGACACAGAGAUGUUUUUUCUUGCUUCAAUGUAUUUCUCUUUUCCUCGUGGACAUGGUGGACCAGGUAAGUCAUUUGCAACUGGGAAGCAUUUGUGGCUAAUUGAUGCAUUGAAAAGUGAUUAUGAUGAUGAUGAUUAUUGUGUAAGGUCUUUCUUGGCUAAAUCUGCUGGAUUCAAGACUAUUGUUUUAGUUCCUACUGAUUUAGGUGUUGUUGAAUUGGGUUCUGUUAGAAAUGUUUGUGAGAGCUUUGAGUUGUUGCAAACUGUUAAAUCUGUGUUUUCAUCACAAUCAUCAUUUCCUAGAGUUAAGUCCAUUUCAUUAUCAAUGGAUGAUGAAAAGAGAGAUGAGAAUGCACCUUUUUCUUGUUUGGCAGUUGGUGAGAGUAUUAAGACCAAUGUUAAUAAUGUUAAUCAUAAUCAUCAUUUGAAUAAUCAUAGUAGAGUAGAGGGGGUUGGAGUUCCAAAGAUUUUCGGGCAGGAAUUGAACUCAGCGACCGCGACGCCUUCUAGGGAAAAACUUGCUGUUAGGAAAAUGGAGGAGAGGCCGUGGGGAGGCCAUCCGAAUGGAAAUGGUGUUAGUUUUCCAAAUGGUGUUAAUGGUUCUAGUUGGAGAGCUAGUCAAGUGGUGAGGCAGCAUGCUCCUGUUGACGUUUUUGCUCCUAGGAUGUCGCCUUCUACGAGCAAUGCGCCGGAGGUAGGGAAUGAUGUGAGGCACGAAUUCGUGCUUAACAACUAUCAACAGCAACGGCAGGCGCAAAUGCAGAUUGAUUUCUCGGGUGCGACCUCGAGGCCUUCUGUGAGAUCGAUUGUUGGUGAAUCAGAGCUUUCUGAUAUUGAUAGGGAGGAAAAACCGAGUCCCUCGGAUGAAAGGAGGCCGAGGAAGAGGGGUAGAAAGCCGGCAAAUGGAAGGGAAGAACCCCUCAAUCAUGUGGAAGCAGAGAGACAAAGACGCGAGAAGUUGAACCAGCGUUUCUAUGCUCUAAGAGCUGUUGUGCCAAAUAUUUCCAAGAUGGACAAGGCGUCUUUGUUGGGGGAUGCUAUUGCUUACAUCAACGAGCUUCAAGCCAAACUCGUGACAAUGGAAUCCGAACGAGCACAAUUCGGAAGCACUUCUAGAGAUGGAUCAUCAUCAGUAUUGCAAGCAAAUCCUAGAGCUCCCGAUGUGGAUAUUCAAGCUGCACAAGAUGGUGUUAUUGUAAAGGUUAGUUGCGCUAUCGAUGCACACCCUAUUUCAAAACUCAUCCAAACAUUCAAAGAUGCCGAAAUCAGUAUCGUUGAGUCAAAACUCAACACUGCUAGUGAUACCGUCUUCCACACAUUCAUAAUCAAGUCUCAAGGUUCCGAGCAGCUGACAAAGGAGAAAUUGAUUGCAGCAUUUUCCAGAGAAUCCAACUCUUUAUAGCCAUUAUCAUCCACCGGUUUGCCAGACGAAUCGCAAUUAACAUAGUCGAUAUUGAUACUCGUGAUAUAUAGAGAAAACAAAAAAAUCUGCAUUUUUUUGUCUCAAAUUUUUGCUAUACAAAAAAAGAAUCUAAAAACAAAUGCAGUGUGAUCUAGAGAAGUAGAAAUAAUAGGAAAUAGCUCCUAUUAACCUUGUAGAAAUAGUCCAUUUAUGUUUUGUCUAUAGUAUACACAGUUUAAUUAUUUAUCAUAAGUAUUAUUCCUGCAUGAUCCAUUGUUUUGUUUAGUUUUAACCAAUCUAGUAAUCUUCAUGUUAUUUUUUCUUGUAUCCUACCAAGUUCUGUGCAUAACAGCAUAGUAUUACUAGUUAAGUUGUGUUUCAUUUCUAGUUUCUAGGGAUAAAGAUAUACCUCUCUUUUUUUGGGGGUAUAUUAUGUGUUGUAUGGUAAUUUCAUUGAUGUAAUACUUUCUUAUGUAGGAUGCUUUAUUCCCAUAUCAACAAUAUCUUUUAUUUAUUUCCUACUAGAAAUGUUAGUUUCUUGUAAAAAUGCAUCAUCUACUAUAAGGAAUGAAUUUCAUCCAAAUUGGAAUGCAA